CUAGAUCUAGUCCAUGUAGUCUACAAGUGUUAGAUGUUGCUUGCUUGCUCAUGCAAAGCACAGCUGCAGGAUCAAAUCAUGUAGAUCUAGUAUGAUCAAAUCAUGAACAAUGGAGGACCUGGAGGAGCUAUCUGAUGUGGUUGGGCUGUCUCCGUCGCUGGAGCUGUGCACAGUGGACGGGAUGGGUCGAGGAGUGUUUACUAAAGUGCCUAUAUCUGCUGGGGACACUAUAUUCAGUGCACUACCUAUAGCACAUUGCAGUGUGGAGGAGACUAGAGGCACUAUCUGUGAGCACUGUUUCAACAGAUCAGAGUCACUGAAGAAGUGCAGCCGAUGCAAGUUUGUUUAUUAUUGCAACUCCACCUGCCAGCGUUUCGAUUGGCCGCUGCACAAGACGGAGUGUAAGAUUUUGAGAGGUGCGAAAGUGGCGCUACCGUUUGUAAGACUAAUCCUCCGAGCACUGACCAGGGACACUCAACACCUCUGCUCACUUCCUGUUGACUGGUUCACUGGCAGAGAAAGAAUGGUUGAACAGGACUUAAUAGCUAAAAUUGCUAGUUUCUGUGACUAUCUUCGACCUCCGCAUGUCAUCGAUCAGCUUCUCCGGAGGUUGCUCUGUAAUACAUUCUCAAUGACGGCUGACGACAUCUUUUCUGUGGGCGUGGCCGUGUACUCUGCCCCCUCUCUGCUCAACCAUUCCUGUCGUCCCAACACCUUUACUUGGUUCAAUGAUUUUAUUAUUUCAUGUGAAACAGCUUUGCACAAAAGAAAUUGAGCAGGCUUAAAAA